AUGGGAUUAACUAUUUUAAUUUUCAUUGGACUUAUAUUGUUUUUAGCUCUGAUUGGAAUAAUUUUGAAAAAAUUCUUUUGUAAUAAAAAAUAGCAAGUUCAAAUUAAUAGUCAAGAAGCAGUUUAAAAUAAUUAGCAUAUUAAUUUGGGCGAUUAAGAAGCAAUACCAGACUCUCAUUAAUCUCAAAUACAUAAACAAUAAAAUUAAGUUAAAACAUCAAAAUAGUCUAAUACUCCAAAUAGAAAGAUCAAACAAAAAAAAGAAAAAUAGUUAAUUGCUGAAAUUGCGUUUUAGUUUAAUGAUGAUAGUGAUAAUGAAAAUGAUUAAAAUUCAUCAGGAACUGACUAACAGCAGUCCAUUAACAUGAGAGAGCAAGCAGGAUUUAAUUUUUAAUAAUCUGAACAUAAUUUAGAGGAGUUAGUAACGCCAACUUAAGUAAAUAGUUAAGAAAUUUGA